AUGUUAUCUUUUCUCGUCUCACCAUUCAAGGUACUGCAAGGUACGCCGUCACAGUCGCAACGACUACCACGGCCUAGCACAGGUGAGAAUCCAUCAUCGACCAUCACAGCACGGAAGCGUGGCUUCUUCAGUCGUGUCUUUGGCCAUGCGACCCCGCGUGAGCCAUCAGAGGAAAGCUCCAUAUCCAGUCGAAGCUUGAACAGGCCUGCAUCUGUUGCGAAUCUCUUCAAAUCCGCAUCUAGUCCAUCCCUGCAGCGGCCCAACUCUUCGCGUGGCUUGUCAGCAGGUCGUGAGCUGCCAUUGAUCAAUCCGUCGCCUCCACGCGAAGCUGAUGCCGAAUUGCUUGUGUCAUCCAUCCAGGGUGAUGCCAACCAGAACGACAUGUAUCGGCUAGAGACACCACUCAUCUCGCAAGACAGAUUCAGCUGGGGUGAUCCUUUUGGAGGCUCAAAGUCCUACUCUCCCCUUUUGGCUAGCCAGCCAACAUUUGCAUCAGACGCCCCUGCAAAUUUGGAGCCAGACACUGUCACGCAGAGAGACGCCAAGAUACAUCCUUCGCCAACAGCAGCUCAGGGAGCUGAGGGUCCCAUUGUCAAUCUGGAGCGAUUUGGGCCACGAACGACUUCUCUUGGCAACUUGGACUCAGAAUAUCUAGCAAAAGCGCAAGCGCUGUACGAUUGCAGUGACGCAAGUCCGCCUAUGGAAUAUGCAGUCUUUCUCGGUACUGACUUACCCUUCAACAUUGGCGUACGCAAAGCCUUCUUGAGCCUGUUUGACUUUUCUGGCUUGAGCAUCAUCAAAGCAUUACGGCUGCUCUGCUCCAAGCUCUUUAUACGUGGCGAGACUCAAGUUCUCGAUCGCAUUAUUGAAGCAUUUGCUGAUCGUUGGCAUCAGUGCAACCUGGAGCAAGAAGGUCGUUGGCUCUCUAAGGAUGUUGCCUACAUUUUGGCUUUUGCCCUCAUUGCCCUCAACACAGACUUACACGUUGCCAACCACGAUGGCGGCGAUCGUAAGAUGAAACGCAGCGAGUUUGUUCAAAAUACACUCACUGCGAUACGUGCGGGUGCUUAUCGCAAUACGACGCGACGUGAACCGCCCAGGCGCCAAGAUUCAGUUCGCAGCAGCACAGACCAAAGUGAAGUACCCCUCGUCCAAUCCACCAUUCGAGUUGUUCGAUCAGUCAGUCAAGCAACACUCGACCAAGAAAACGCACAAGAGCGGCAAGAGACAGCAAGACGCGCUGCUGAAUUAGAUGCGUGGCGAGAUCCGCCCAAGUCUGACUUGUCUCGUGAAGUGUACAUCAAGGAGAUUCUACUGGACGCUUACACGAGUGUUGCUCGAGAACAAAUUCGUCAGCCAUUUCUACAGCGGGGCAGUGAGAGUGCUUUCGAGAGCCCUGCAAGUCUACGGAUGGCUAGCAUUGAUGGCAAUGGUGGUCAGGAGAACGGCAACAUGAUGCGAUCCAUGUCGAGCACGUCUCAGAUCUCACAACUGUAUCGUCGCUCAUCAACGUCCAGAGACCUGCGUCAUUCAAGCAGGCAGAGUAGUCAGCAAUUGGCUCCAGCAACCUGCAGCGUCGGCUUUGUCGGAACAGUCAACAGUGUCAUUCGUGAGGAAAGUCAAUCGCACGGUGACACGCAGGAUGAUCCAACCACUGGUAUCUCCGAUUUGCUUGCUCUGCAAGGUCCUCCAUUUGCUAAAGAGGGACGGCUCUAUCAUUCUUUGCUUCAAGCAACCACCACUUUUGCUACGUUGACAAAACGCUCUUCGACAGCGCCCGUCAAACUCAAGGGCUGGUCGUCUGAGCUGUUUGGUGUAUUGGAAAAGGGUCAUUUGUGCUUGUUCGACUUAACGAGCAAAGCGCCUACACUGCAAGCCGACCAAAACCUAGGCGGUGGCGAUUGGACUAGGAAUGCUCGACUUGUGCUGGAAGAACCGCUGAAUCAGGCUGUUGCUUUUAAGCUCUCGACAAAAGCAUACAAGGACCAUGCGCAUGUCUGGUCGCUCAUCACAGCCAAUGGCCAAAGACACGCAUUCGCUACAGGUACGCAAGACCUUGUGGAAGAAUGGGUCACGACUGCCAAUUACUGGGCUGGUCGAGUCAGUAAAGAGCCGUUGCUCGGCGCAGUUGGCAGCGCUGAGUAUGGUUGGGGUGAACAGAUGGCUGCGUUGCUUGCUGAGCAAGAAUCAUCACCUGCAGUACCGCGCACGGCAAGCUCGAGUCGAUCCAAGAAAGGAGCACCUGGAGAUCAUAUUGUGAUUCAGGAGUGGCAGCCAGAGCCGCCAAGCUCCACCAUUUCGUCUUUGCCUGUGACCGAGCAAAUUGUCGCGUUGACUCGGUUCUUGGCUGCGAUCGAGGAAGAGCUCAAGCAGCAUCAAGCAAUGCAAGCCAGCCUGCCUCAGCUCCUGUCGCCAAGAACCGAAAACUUUAGACGGGCGAUAGUCAAUUUUGAAUUGCGCGAUCAAGCGUUGCGAAAGGAUAUCGUCAAGUAUACAGCGUACAUCAAGGCGCUGCGUCAAGGACUGCGCGUCGAGGAAAGACUAAGAACUGGCAAGAGCAAUUCUAGCGAGCGUGCUAGUGCGAGAUCAGCCUCCGUUGCUCCGAGCCGUUGA